AUGAAUUAACAAUUUAGUGUGGAGUAUUUGGGAAUUAAACCUACUCGUUACAAUCGAUUACCUAAUCUUAAUACCAAUCACUAUUUAAAGUACACAGAGAGUUUUAACUUAGUCUCUCUUAAGAAUUACGUACUUCGCGAACGAAAAAGAAUUUAGCUUAACAAAAACUGGUAAUUAAUUUUUGUUAUUCUGAUCCAAGCAUGCCCUCUCCAAUAAGAAGGAUGAUUCAAAUAAUUAUUACAAUCAUACUACAAUUUAUAAUGUCAAAGAAAAUAAAGACAAUUCAAAAACCUCUAUGUACUACUACUAUUAUCAAUCCAUAGUAAACAAGAAUUAAGCUUUUCAAAAUAUAAUGA